AUGUGCUUUGGCAUUCUUCAAGUUCAUGCAAAGGCCGUUUUGCCUGAAUGCGAGAUUGUGCUCCACGGUAGACGAAAAGCUCGAGACUCUGCGAACCUGAUGUGGAACCCCGAGCGUGGAGAAGCCGUUGUCAUGAUCCCGAGGCGGUCUCCCCGGCGUCAUUCCACAUCGACGCUACCUUGUACCUACUUCUACUUCUUUUACCGUGACGGCGUUAAGAGAGUGGAGCCUUCUUUUUUGAAAGACAAACCAUUCCAACUUUUCGCAAUCGUCUCUUUCUUUUGGGGGUUCUCUCCCCUCCCUGCUGUAGUUCGCAAACACCCCCUCCCCAUCAAGUACCAUCCUAGUUGUCAACGGUCUCCAGUCGUAGACGCAGGUGCCAACUUGUCGUCAUAUCCAAGGAACAUUGCUCGACAGCCUGCCUCUUCCGCUCCGGCUCGUCAACCAGCACACGCCUCUACCCUCGAUCUUUCCGUCUCUUUGCCUAAGACUUACCAUCAAAAGUACACAGACAUUGUAAAGAUCAAGCAAACUUCAUUAGGACGUCCUGCACUCUGCUCUCGCGCCUCUCUCUCUCCCAACUUACAACCAUACCCGUUUACCACUGCGCCAGACACCCAACCCGUCGGACCCGACAUCUUCGUCGUAUCAAUCAUCUCACCUUUUCUUCUUCUCUCUGUUCCAUAG